AGGAGCAGGAGGAGGGCUGAGUUGUGCCGCUGGCUCCCCGGCCAUGCAGGCUGGGCUGCUGCUCGGGGCUGCCUGUUCCGUGCUUCUGCUUCUGCCACCCGGGGUGCCGGGCCGAGGCCCCUCUGAGAGGACACAGCCCGGGCCCUUUGCUGCCGAGAGGCGCCGCCUGGGCCCCCACGUCUGCCUCUCGAGCUUCGGAAGUGGCUGCUGCCCUGGCUGGAUGCCCUCUGUGGGCAGCGGGCACUGCACCCUGCCCCUCUGCUCCUUUGGCUGUGGGAGUGGCAUCUGCAUCGCACCCAAUGUCUGCUCCUGCCAGGAUGGGGAGCGAGGGGCCACCUGCCCAGAUGCCCACGGACCCUGUGGGGAAUACGGCUGUGACCUGGCCUGCAACCACGGCGGGUGUCAGGAGGUGGCCCGAGUGUGCCCCACGGGCUUCUGGAUGACAGAGACGGCUGUGGGAGUCCAGUGCACAGAUAUUGAUGAGUGUCUGAGCCCCUCCUGCGAAGGCCACUGCGUGAACACGGAAGGUGGGUUUGUGUGCGAGUGUGGGCCCGGCCUGCAGCUGGCUGCCGACCGCCACAGCUGCCAAGACACGGAUGAGUGCCUGCAGUCGCCCUGCCAGCAGAGGUGCAGGAACAGCGUGGGCAGCUACAAGUGCUCCUGCCGAGCCGGCUUCCACCUCCACGGCAACCGGCACUCCUGCGUGGACGUGAACGAGUGUCGGAGGCCGCAGGAAAGGCGAGUCUGCCACCAUUCCUGCCACAACACGGUGGGCAGCUUCCUGUGCACCUGCCGACCCGGCUUCAGGCUGAGAGCCGACCACACGUCCUGCGAAGCUGUCCCCAAGGCGCUGUGGGGGCCCUCGGCCAUCCUGCAGCCCAGGCCCCCGGGGAUGGUGCUUCUGCUUCUGGAGCCCGGCCGGCCAGGCCUGUCCCCGGCACAUAGCCCCCCUCCUGCUCCCCCACACCCCCUGGACACGGUCAGGACCACCCACCCUCCAGCCCCUGUGUGGCAUCCGUCCACCCCAGUGGCCACCCCGGUGCCUGUUGUCACUCAGCUGGGGACCCUUGGACCCCCCUCCCUUCUCCAAGGGGAGGCGCUGGGCACCCCUUCCUCCUCCCAUGGCCCCGAGGACCUGAGCCCACCUCCAGGGCGCUCUCCCUGCCGGCACUUGGGAGCCGUGCAUGCAUCAGGGAGCCGCUGGGCCAAGCCGGGGUGCAGGCAGUGCUGGUGUGAGGUGGGUGUUCUGGUCCCGCAGCCCGUGGCAGUGUCUCUGAUCUGGAGGUGGCUGCAGUGCCCGCUUUGCUUCCAGGACGGGGAGGUGACCUGCGGAGAGGUGAGGUGUGAGGCCACUUGCUCCCACCCGGCACCCCCGCAGGAUGGGGGGUGCUGCCCCUCCUGCUCAGGCUGCUUCCACAGUGGCGCUGUCCGGGUGGAAGGGGAUGUGUUUUCUCCUCCCGGCGAGAACUGCACCAUCUGCGUUUGUGUGGCAGGGAACGUGUCCUGCGUCUCCCCCGAGUGUCCUCCCGGACCCUGCGAGGUGGCCCCGCUCUCCGACUGCUGUGCCUGUGUCCCAGUGAGGUGCUACUUCCAUGGCCGCUGGUAUGCGGAUGGGGCCGUGGUCAGGGGGGCAGGCGAUGACUGCACGGCCUGCAUCUGCCAGAAUGGGGAGGUGACGUGCUCCUUUACGCCAUGUCCCGAACUGGACUGUCCCCGCGAAGAAUGGCGGCUGGGCCCUGGCCAGUGCUGUUUCACCUGUCGGGAGCCCGCAGCCCGCUCAGGCUGCUCCCUGGACGAUAACGGGGCCGAGUUUCCGGUGGGACAGAUCUGGUCGCCCGGCGACCCCUGUGAGUUGUGCAUCUGCCAGGCAGACGGCUCAGUGAGCUGCCGGAGGACGGACUGCGUGGACUCCUGUCCCCACCCCAUCCGGAUCCCGGGGCAGUGCUGCCCUGACUGCUCGGCAGGCUGCACCUACACGGGCCGGGUCUUCUACAACAACGAAACCUUUCCUUCAGUGCUUGACCCAUGCCUCAGCUGCAUCUGCCUGAUGGGCUCAGUGGCCUGCUCACCCGUGGACUGCCCCAUCGCCUGCACCUACCCCUUCCACCCUGAUGGCGAGUGUUGUCCCGUGUGCCGUGACUGCAACUACGAGGGCAGGAAGGUGGCCAACGGCCAGGUGUUCAUGCUGGAGGACGAACCCUGCACACGCUGCACAUGCCAGCUGGGAGAGGUGAGCUGCGACAGGGCCCCCUGCCCACCUGCCUGCACCGACCCUGCCCUGCCUGCCCCUGCCGGGCACUGCUGCACCUCCACCUCCUGCCCAGGUUCCCUGAGUCUGCUGGGCGCGAAGCUGGGGCUGUCCCCUCCGGGAGCCCCCCGUAGCCCCCACGGAGACCCCGAGGGCCCCACCCCCAGCAGCCUCCCAUGGGGACCCCCGGGAAGGAAGAGUCCCCUGUCUGAGGGGCCCCGGCCCGAGGGACUGAGGGGUGGCCGCACUGUGGGCUUCUGA